AUGCGGCUCCGGCUCCAAGUGGCCGUGGCGGCCGCGGUUGGUCUGCUGAGCUUCGCUGAUGCCCAGGCCAACUACAGCAACCUGACCGGUCAGCUCAGCGCCUGCGGGAAUGAAAAAUUUAUGGACCCAGUGUGCUUCCCCAGCUUCCAGGCCACUGUUGGCGGCUUGUUUACCUUCAGCCCGUUGGGCUUCAACCCCUCGGACCCAUCCCGCGGCUUCCCCGACUGGGAUCCCGGCUCUGUGUUUGAACGAUACGGCUUCGGCUACAAGUUUGCCGCCCUCCAGAGCAGCAACUGCACAUGCGGUAUGCGGCUGCCCCUGGAUUAUCAACCGGGUGAUCCGGCGGAUUGCAAUGUGCCGUGUGGAGGAGAUGCGUCCCAGACCUGCAGCGGCGUCGAGCAAGCCCAGAUCUACCUUGAACCCAGCUUUGCGGCGAACGAUCAGGUGCCCAUCACCGACUCGAACCCAGCCAUAACGGCCUACUAUCACCAUCUGGGUUGCUAUGAAGUACAGUACUGCACCUCUUUUUGGCAUGAUCAAUGCCAGUGGGACUGCGCUCUGUCACUGCUGUACAGAUGUGUGGCUUGCGGCGCUGCUGCUGACAACAUCUCCUGCGGCGGCACCGACUCGCUUAUUGUAUACUCUUCCAACGUGGGAGGCAUCUUACCCGGAGCUCGCUGCCCGGCUAGCUCUGGCUUCGCGCGAGUACGAAUGCGAUCCUUUGACUACAUCGACGCUGACAACUACAACAACGACGACAUUGACAUUGAACACACUCAGCACAGAAGUGUCCGUCUUGAGCACCACCACCGCCACCACUGCUACCACUACAACUAUCACCACCAGUACCAGCACAGAGCUCUCGACAUUGAGCUCGACGACGACAACCACCACUACCUCCACCUUAAGUGA